CUACAACAGCUGAACGAUAACUGAGCUCCUCAGAGCUGCAGGUGAAGGUGAUCAGAUGGAAGAAGACACAACCCAACAGGUGAGUUAACAUCCUGCAGAGUCUCUGUCUUUAUUCACCAGCAACAUCUUCAUUCAUAUGUUCAGAUCACUGACAACAACAAAGAAAGUGUUGUUGGUGCAGCUGAACAUUUAUCUGUCAGUGGCAGCUGCAUGUUCACUUUUAAAGAUUCAUUUAUCAGUAGAAAGAAUAUUAAAGGAAAAUAGAUUAUUGUCAAACAUUAAAACUAUUCAAAUGAACAACACGUCUCCACUUUUGUUCCAUUUGUCUCAUAACUCCAUUUGUAUUGUUGACAAACUCAGAGACACACACACACACACACACACACACACACACACACACCUUGUAUCUGCUGGAAGCUCUCUGUUUCUGUCUCCUCUCUCUCCUCAGGAUGCAGACUCAGGUGAUGUGAAGUGUCCAAAGUGUGGUUUCUCCUUUACACCCACAGUAGACGAGGCUGGUGAGGAGAAGAAGGUCCUGCAUGAACAGGUCGACCCAGAGAUCCUAAAGGAGCUGAGGGAUGUGAUGUCAACAUCAUAUAAAUAUCCUGUAGAUGAUGAAGGUUUGAAGAAGUGCAUCAUGAAGACGUCAAUCAACCUGAAGAAGCUUUUAAACUUCUUUAAAGAUGUUGCAGCUCUACACGAGAACACUGAUCAAGGUGAAGGUGAUCAGAUGGAAGAAGACACAACCCAACAGGAUGCAGACUCAGGGUCAGUGGAGAGUCCAGAGUGUGGUUCCUCUGGUCCACCUGCAGUAGAACAGGCUGGGGAGGAGGAGACGGAGGAGAAGGAGGAGCAGGAGGUCCAAUCUGCAGGACAGAAACCCUCAUGGUGGUCGUCCUGGUCCUGGUCCAAAGGGAGGAUCUCUACACAUUCAGCACAACCUUUGAGGAUUCCACCUGUGUACACAGUGAAGGUCCACUCAGUCUCUACUGGUCAGACCUGUGGUGCUGAUGAUGAAAUACUGGAAAAAGUGAAGAAUAUGAAAUGGACACAGGUGAAGAUCACAGGCUGUCAGGAGUGUGACAUCAUCAUCGUCUUCUGUCCAAUCACGUCUCGUGUUGGAUCAGAUGUGUCGGCAGCCAUGAGAGAGAUUCCAGCAGGUGAUAAACCUGUGAUUUUAGUGCUGAUGCAUCACACCAGACGUGUCCACUUUUUGACUGAUGUCAAAAAGUGGAGUGGAAUCUAUCAGAACGUCAAGUUGGAUGUUCAUGUUCUCUUCCAUGAGACUCAGCCUGGAUUACUGAAGUGUCCAAGAAAUGAUGAGGCAGUUCAUCAAAUACAAACAGUGUUAAAAGAUCUCAGUAGAAGUUGGUUUUGAUGACUAGUUCUGGUUUUGUGUGGAGCAACAAACAACAUUAUUAAUUAUUAAAGGCAGAUAAAUGUCUGAUGUCUGUGAUGAAGCACCAGCUCCCUCACUAGUUGCUAACCAUUUUUUUUUUUUUCAGAAAGAUGGAAAGACACUCAAACACAGUUUUCUUUAUUUGAAUUGUUUCCACUAACGUGUUAAAUAAAAAGAAUUGUACUUUAAGUUGAUUUCUCAAAAUGAAUGUAUAAGACUUGUGGCAAUCCAGGUAAUAACCUGUAUUGGAGUCCUUUGUGGUGGCCAUCUUGUGCUGGUGUGGAGAGAGGAAGCGCACCUCAGCAGUAGCCUUUUUAUGUGGAGUAUGAGAAGGCAUGUUCUCAGUUGUGAUUGGAUAACGGAUGUGUGAUGUCAUGAUGCGUAAUUAAGCUAAAUACUGAUUAAAGUACAAAUCAUUUGUUUGCUGUGAAUGUGCAGUAGGUAUUUUAGUCUAAGGAUGAAUGAAUUUACAACUUGUUAGUGUGAGCAACUGAAAGAAAACUAUGUCUAUUCAUUGUAACUGUUUUCAAUUCUCCAUUAUAGAGAUAUAGGCCAGUUGAACUGGAAAGGUCGACUCUCCCGCUACAUAUGUGAGUGGAGUGAAAGAGGGUGUGGAGUUUAGUUUUUUUAUUCUUGGGAAGAGAGCGACCUGAGCUGUCUGAAGUUCAGUAAGAAAUGUUUGUUUGUUUUUGAGACUAAAAUAAAAGUCUUCCUAUUUUUUUCCUGCA